AUGGUGCAUCUAUCGUCGGUGCCGUCAGUGCUGUCGUACCAGGGGGGAGUCAACGGGCUGCGGGCCACAGCGACCGUCGACGAUGAGGACGACGAGUAUGAGGACGAGGAAGACGUGGAUGACUUGGAUUAUGAGAAUCUCGUGGAUGGAGAUGCUAUUGGUGAUGGCAAUGGUGGCAUGGGUGGAAGCGGUGUCAAUGCCACUGCACCAGGAUCAGCACCAGAAGCAGAAGCAGGGGCAGCAGCAGCAGUGGCAGAAUCAGAAGUGAAACUGACAACGUCUGAAUCUGGUGACGAUGGCUUCGAUGCCGAUAUUCACUUUGCAAGUGCGGCUGCUGCAGAGGCGGCAAUGGAGAUGGCAGGAGUGGUAACAGGUGCAGGAGCAGCUGCAGGAAAGGAGGGGAUUGCAGGGGUAGCAGCAACGGCUGUAGCAGGAGGAAGAGGGGUGGGAGGAGGAAGCAGAGGAGGAGCAGUGAGGGUGAGCGCACUGCCGUUUGGGCGAACCGGGGUGGAUGCGCUGGUGGAGAGGGUGGGUCAGCGGCUGAGAAGGAUGAAAUCGCGGUCUGUUGGCCGGCGCCUGCUGGCCCGCGUUGCUGCUGCUGCAGUGGCCGCAGCAGCAGAGGAGGCCGCAGAGGAAGCAACAGGAGCAGCAGCUGGUGCUGCUGCUGGUGCUGCUUCUGUCACAGAGUCAUUCCAGAACUCCUCCCUUUACCCUUCAGCUGUUUCUACUACAACUGUCAACGCCAUUCAUAGCACGUCAGCAGCAGUGCUGACGGUGCAGCAGCUGAGUGCACGUGCCGCGCGCAUCAUGCGCUCAACGCCGUGGGGCCGACUCAUGCGCCCCGACGUGCGGUUACCACACGUCCAGGCCUUCACCCGCUUCCUGGAAGCUUCUCACCGCAGCCUGCUGCAGUCGCUCAAGAUCCCUUCCUCAGCCAUUUUCCACAGCUACACAUAUCUGAUGAACAGCUUUGCAGCGCAACUGACUGCUUCUGAAGCAAGGCGACUCAAAUUGCACCCAGCAGUGGCAGAGGUGGAGAGAGACAGGUCAGUGGAAGUGGCCUCGGUGCACUCCCCUGAGUUCCUCAAGCUCGACUCGAGCCUGUGGCCGGCGAAUGGCGGGCAGAGCAACGCUGGAGAGGGAGUGAUCAUCGGAGUGAUCGACUCGGGGAUCUGGCCCGAACACCCCUCCUUUUCUGACCAUGACACAAGCGGAGUGUCUUACUCCACUGCCCCGGUGCGCUGGAGAGGCGUGUGCAGCACAACAGACGACUUCACUGCGUGCAGCCGCAAGGUGGUUGGAGCGAGGUAUUUUCUCAAGGGUGCGGAGCGGGCGUUUGGCCAGGACAUACUGCACAUGCUGCAGGACGGCACGAGGUAUGCGAGAGCUGCUGCUGGAAACGCAGGUGUGGAGGUGACAGUGGGAGGCCGGACCUUUGGCACAGCCUCAGGCAUGGCACCGAGGGCCAGGCUGGCGGUAUACAAGGCGCUGUGGAUGUAUGGUCAUUGGAAUACGGUGAAGGGACAAGGAGCGACUUCUGACCUCAUAGCCGCUGCAGAGAAGGCGGUGGCUGAUGGAGUGGACGUGAUCUCGUGCUCGUGGGGCGGCCUUGCCCUGUACUUCCAAGACUUGCCGUACCUGCGAGGGCUUAAGGCCGGGGUGGUCACAGCCUUUGCAGCCGGGAAUGCGGGCCGGCCCAACCUCCUAUAUGGAGCCGGGGUGGUCACAGCCUUUGCAGCCGGAAAUAAGGGCCGGCCCAAGCGCAUGAACAUGCUGGGCACGCUUUCUAAUGCCUCCCCCUUCUACCUCACAGUGGGAGCAAGUUGGAGUGUGGGGGAGGUAACAGGAGGAGGGGAGGGAGAGGCGUGGGGGGGGGGGAGUAAGAAGGGGAGCAUGCAGGGCACUCUUUCGAAUGCGUCUCCCUUCUAUCUCACACACCAUGGGGUGGGCGUGGGAGUACACGGGGGUGCUCAACCCGGGAAGUGGCUCGAGCCUCCCUCCUCCCCUUAUCAAACUCCCCAUCCACCCCCACCGCGCACCACUGCUCCCCACUGCAGCACCAUGGGGAGAGAGUACACGGCGGUGCUGACUCUGGGCGAUGGAACCACCUUCACAGGGCGCAGGUUCGGCGGCACCGCUGCCCUGUGGUACAAUCACAACGGUUGUUCUCACCCAGGGAAAUGGAACCACUUUCCUCUCCACCUCCCCAUCCACUCCCACCGCCCACCACCGCUCCCUGCUGCUUCCCACCACAGCACCAUGGGGCGGGAUCACACGGCAGUGCUCACCCUGGGCAAUGGAAACACCUUAACAGGACGCAGCUGCGUCGGCACCGCUGUUAUGGCGUCACCUCUGCCCCUCAACCCACCAUUUCUCCCACCGCAGCACCAUGGGGCAGGAGUACAAAGCGGUGCUCACCCUGGGCAAUGGAACCACCUACCUCUCCACCUGCCCAUCCACCCCCACCGCCCACCACUGCUCCCCACUCCUCCCCACCGCAGCACCAUGGGGCGGGAUUGCACAGUGGUGCUCACCCUGGGCGAUGGAACCACCUUCACAGGGCGCAGCUUUGGCAGCACCGCUGCCACGGUGUCACCUCUGCCCCCUCAAACCCCCCCUCUCCCCUCCCACCCACCGCUGCUCCCACCACAGCACCAUGGGGCGGGAGUACAAAGCUGUGCUCACCCUGGGCGAUGGAACCACUUUUCUCUCCACCUGCCCAUCCAGCCCCACCACCCACCACCGCUCCCCACCGCUCCCCACUGCAGCACCAUGGGGCGGGAUUACACAGCAGUGCUCACCCUGGGCAAUGGAACCACCUUCACAGGGCGCAGCCUCGGCGGCAACUCUGCCACGGCGACACCUCUGCCCCUCAUGCUCGCUGGGGAUUACACCACUGUGGGCCUCCCAGACGAUGUGAGCCUGAAGGGGUUUUGA